CUCAUCAAAACCUGCGUACACACCGAAGCAAGGACCACGCGCGCUUUACGUUUCUUUUGGUAGCUGAGAUGCUCCUUCUGUCCGUCAAUGCAUUGCAUUGCAUGGCUAGAAGCGUUAUAUCUAGGAGGCAAAAGCAGGAGGAGACUGGUGGGAGGGGAGUAGACCAUCGCCUAUUCGAUUCUCACUACUUGUCCAUGCUGCUUAAAAGAAUCCCUCUGGUCCUGAUUAAUUAGAAGCUGUAGUUGUCCUUGACUUGCAACCAUGUAUCCACAGAUGGUAUAUCAUGCAGAUGUUCGGGCGAGGGAGAAGGAGUUGGCGGCGGCGGAGACGGAGACGGAGACCAUGGGCUGCUGCUCCUGCGCUCCCUUGGGCAGGAUGAUAUCCAGAUGUAUCAUCAAACGCAACGGAAGAGAACGGCGCAUGAGGUACGACGAGAGGACGGGAAUGGACUAUGCCAUGGCGUACGCUCCCCCGCAGACAUGCUACGUGCGCCCAACAGACGCGCGCACCGUCACCUUGGCCACCACCAACGCCCACGCCGACCAUCCGGAUCCACACCCACAGCGAGCGCACGCAGCGACGACCAUGCCGCUUGAACCGGCGGGCGGCGCCCCUGCCCAACGCGCCGGCAUGCAGCCACCGCGCAAGCCCAAGAAGAAGAAGAAGAAGAAACAAGUCCGGUUCACGCCUCCAGGGCCACCGGUGCCCGCGCGCGGUGACGACGCCGCGGCGGCGCAUGACACCGCCACGGCGGCAAGCGGCGGCGGCGCCUACCACCACGGCCCGCCGCCUGAUCCGUCGUCCUACUCCCCCGCGCCACCGCCGGCAUCACACGGGUACGGGUACGGGUACGGGCAGUACGCGCCGUCGCCGCUCCCGCGGUGGGAGAUGCUGGGCACGCCGAGGCGGCACGAGUACUUCUCCAGCGAGUACCGCUGGUACUACCCGACGCCGGUGCGCGAGGGCAUCUACAGCUUCGCCACCGACGCCAACGGCCGCCUCACCACCAUCUUCAGCGAGGAGAACCCCAAUGCCUGCACCAUCGUCUGAAACCUUAUGAUCCCGCGCGCGUGCUCACUUGUCACAUCAUCAUCAUCAUCAUCGACCAGAAUAAAAAUGCAUGGUCUUCUUUUUUUUUCUUACUAAUGUAAAAUUGUAGUUAAUUAUGUCAAGGAAUAUGGUUCUUGCAGGCCUGCGUAAGUAUGGAUUAUAUAGUUCGAAUCUCUGGUAUGCUUAGGCUUUAAUUUUAUAGGAGAAUAUCAUCUUAAUUUGA